AUUUCCUGUUCCUGGUAUUCCGAGCACUGUUGCCACGACAACUGUUCUUCCCUUUUUGGUUCCCUGUGUGUUUACACAGUGACUGGCUCGUAUCUCAACUAUUUUGAUGUGUGGGGGUAAAAGGCUUUUGAUAAAAAAGAAUGGACAGAAGGUGAUAUUUUAUGCCUCCAUUUGAAAGCGGAACGAGGUGCUGGUCGCCGGGUUCGAAGACUUCCCCCACAGAGCCGGCAGGAAGCCACCACUUCUGCUGCCAUCCCUUCAGCUGACAGGGGAGUCAGAGACGGCAGGAAGCCACCGCUGCCAUCCCUUCAGCUGACAGGGGAGUCAGCAACACAUUCUCACUCCGAGCGCGUCGAUAUUUGACGAACGGUCAGUGACUUUGGCUUCAGCCUCUGACGCAAAAGGGUAUCCUUGUGCUUCUUUUUUCGACGCAUGGGGUUUUCAACUCGUUACAAUGUAGGCCUCCCUCCACGGCAAUAUAGGGAGAGGACCAAGGACAAGAGCCGAGAGCGGGCGAGGGAGAGGGACGGGGAGACGAAGAAGAAGCACAGCCACAGCAAGAACCACGAGGAGCGCAAGGAGAGGAAGAAGCAGGAGCGGGAGAAGAGGGCCGAUAUGGCCUUCUCCUCCUCCUCCUCCCCCGCCCUGUCCUCCCACGCCGGCUCCGGCCACCGCAAGCGCCACAAGGAGGGCAAGAGCCACAAGGAGAAGGACCGGCGGAUCCUCGGAGACCUGGACCUCCAGAGCAAGGAGCAGCGCGAGAAGAACCGCUCGCACGACAAGAAGAAGCAACGCAAGGACACGACGGCCGGCUCCGCCAGCGAGGGGGAGCCCGGCGAGUGGAAGUCCAGGGGCGAGGCGCCCUCCUCCUCUUCCUCCUCGUCGCCGAGCCGCCUGGACCCCGAGGCGGAGACGUCCAGGGGUCCAUGUAUUGCCGUAGGCCUCCCUCCACGGCAAUAUAUGAAGCUAUGACUAUGAGCAUUCAUCCCAUUGGCUAACGGGGGACCCGAUGGCUGCACAUAGAGACGCUACGAGCAUUAAUCUAAUUUGCUAACGGAGGACCUUGUGCUUCUUUUUUCGACUACAGAGUGGCGGAGGGAUGACGUAUGUUGGCCAACCCGGAAGUGAGCGUCGCCCUGGGUUCCCUUGACAUCAAGCCAACGGCUUUUUCCAUUGGAUUUUGGAUGAUUGCAUUUUGCAUUUUUGAAGCACCUCCUCAAAAACUGACAAUAAAUAAAAAGAACAGUGCUCCAAAUAUCGAAAUGUAAACCAAUGCAUUCUGAAUGGGAGUUUUUCUCUGAUUUUUCCAUGCUACACAGACCGAAAUGUAAACCCAUGCAAAUAAAGGCUCCAUGGUCAUAAUAAUUUAAAUAUAAUUAAUCUCCAGAGUGUGUAGGGUAUGAAUGUAUGUAUAUAUUAUUAUAUAUAUUAUUUGUAUUCUGUCACUGGAAACGUCAUUCACUUCUCUUUUUCGCUUCAGUCUGAAGACUAGUGGAAGUAGUCCAGCCGCCAUUUGUUUGGCCUCCUCCAUGAAGUUUGGGAACCUUCUGCCGUGCCUGUAUAAAUAAAGAGAAAUUAUUGUAGGAAUUAUACAUAUUUUGUUAAUAUUGGGGUUGAGGUAUAUAUUCAUAAGUUCUCAAGCAGUACUGUGCACCACCAUUUUCUGAGGACAGGCAUGUCUUUCUAAAGUAAGGGGAUAUUUCAAGAAUUGACAAUGAUAAAAUAUGUAUACAAGUAUGAAUUUUUCGAUGUUGUAAACUUACAUAUGUCAAAAAUCCAAUUCUUUUUUCAAACAUAUCGUUUCAAUCGUCAGCUCUUUUUUCAUUUAAUGUAAUGCCUACUUCCAACAGUGAAGUCAAACGGUGCCUCCACGGCAAGGUACCAAGCAUACUGUGAUGGAAAAAUGUAAUUGGUGACAACAUUCACACGCGUUGUUAUAGUGCUGAGAGGGUGUGUUUUUGAGUCAGUUGUGAUCGCCGAUGUCUUGCUUUCUUGUACUUUUGCCUCUGUAGUCUGUUUUGAUGCUCGUCAUUGUAGUCCUUUGCAUAACCUGACCUUCUUUUCUCAUAUUACUAUUCAGAUGUAAAGCCGUUCCGCCGAAUUCAACAACCGUAGAAACAGAGGAAAGGACACAACAUUAUCGAGACCAAUCUCAUGGGCCCUGACGAACCGGUGAACGGGAUAAGUCUGAUGAAUUUAACAACGGGUCGAACCAAUGAUGGAACAGCAGAUGAAACAGGACAUGAAACAGUAAAUUUGUUACGAAUGAGAUCAAUCUUAUUUUAGAUUUCUGUUGCCUACUGUAAAACCGAAGAGAUCAGUCGGAGUCAAUUGCGAAUCCGAUAAAGUUGGAUGGAAGGAAGCCAAUGAGUUGGAUGACACCUAGGAUAAUCCCUCAAACCACAAAUCUUUGAACAAGAUAUGCAUUGAAGUAGAAACAUUUAUUUCCCUGUGAUAUCAUAGAUGUUUUUCAACUUUGAUUUUGCUACUGUUUCUGGGACAUGUGAUGUUUAUAAUGAAAGACCAGUUCAAAUAGGAUUUCUGUCAUUGUUUUAUAUGAUCUAGAAUUCCCCGGGUUAGCAUUUGCUUUCGACAGCCGCAUCUAAUGAUUUGCAGAGUUAUAGUAUGCUUGCUCUCUCUUACUGAGUCUUGAAACAAACAUCUGAACAGUGGUGCAGUGGAGAGCACUGUUGGAUAGCACUCUGGAGACCAGGGUUCAAUUCCUGUUCAAUUCCUGUUUACUGUAUGUUAAUUAACUAAAGGGUAAGUCAAGUAAGUCUAAUAAGUCUGUAAUGAUAUUUCUAUUGAACUGAUAUAGCCUUCGACCACACUAUGAUCAUAACCUCCAUGGGGAUGUGGAGAGAGCAGUUGGCAGACACUCCUGAGACCAGGGUUCAAGUCCAACUAAUGCUCUCUAAUGUUUUUUUCUAUAUCAUGUGAGUUGUAAAGUCAAGUCUAACUGCCAUCAACAAAAUCGUCAAAUCAUCAAAACUCAGACGCAGGUUCGAAAAUUAUCGGGUAGGCGUCUUGGAGGUGCAGCGGUCAGGGCUGUUGGUUAAUGUUCUGUAGACUCUGGUUCGAGUCCCUGCUCACACGGCAACCAGAGGUACCUUAAUGGAUAUGUCUUAUUUCUCUAUCAUGUGAAUGGUAAAGUCAAGUAUAACCUCCAAGCACGGUCUGGCUAGCGUCUUGGUGGUGAAGCGGUCAGAGGCAGUGGUGUAACGCUCUGUAGACGAAGGUUCGAGUCCCUGCUCACACGGCCACCAGAGGUACGUAAAUGGAUACAUCUUAUUUCUCAAUCAUGUGAAUGGUA